UGCAUUUGGCGCUCUGUUGUCCCUCUGUCUCUCUCCCUGUGAGAAGCCAAAGCAUCGAGAAAUGAUAGGUAGGACCCACUCUCAUUGCAAAGAUGAUUCCAUCGGCCUUAUGAAGAGUCUUUCUUUGGGGUAAUGGCGGAUUACCUUCUACAAGCUUUACGACAUUCAAGGUGCAAGUGAUUCAGAUAAGGGCAGAAGUGGUCCAAGCCAUCAUUUUGUCUCCUCUCCAGGUAGUCAGGGAAUUAGACCCAUUCUGUCAUCAUGUGGGCUGUGCCAUAGAAAACAAGAGGUUUGAAGAAAUCAAAUAUUUUCCUUCAUCAGGGAGAGAUCAAAACCAUCUAAUGAGAGAUUCCAUUAAGGUAGACUGAACCAGAAUUCGUAAAUUGGAUUUGAAUUCGGUAUUAGAACAUGGAUAAAAAUCUACUGCCAAACAGUUCUGUCAUGAGAGAUUGAGAUCAAGGGAGAUUCCAGUAUGGUAUACUGAAUUGGGAUUCGGAGGUAGAAGCUGAAUUUCAAUCUGUCCAAUACUGAAUUGGAAUUUUGAUUUUACUGCAGGUUGGUUUCAUCGACUAGCCCAUGUUUGGAUUUGCCCGCUAGUGUUUGAAUUCAAGCAUUGAGAUAGAUGGAUUCCAUUGAGGUAGAAGCUCUGAAACUGAAGGCAAUUGCUGAAAAGGGGAUUUUGAGCAAUGAUUAUGUAGGUGCGAGGGCAACAAUACUAAGAGCGCAACAAAUCUUUCCGGGGCUUGAAAACAUUGAUCAGAUGCUAGCAGUCUGUGACAUACUAUGUGCUGCUGACAUGGAGUUCCCAGGCUGUGGAAUCGAUUGGUAUUGGGUUCUUCAGCUGCCACCUUCGGCCGAUGUUUUCAGCAUAGAAACCCAGUACAAGAAGCUCGUGGCCCUUGUCAAACCCAUAAGCAAUGAGUUCCCCGGCACUGACUCUGCCAUGAAAUUUAUAAAGGAUGCAUUUUCUGUGCUUUCGGAUCAGUCAAAGAGGUCGGCAUUUGAUUGGAAGAGAAGUGCGAGCAGGAAUGGCGAUGGGUGUUUGGGUUCAGAGGUGCUGAUGGAGAGAGACAUCAUGAGUGUGGAGGAAGAUGACGCUGGUAGGAAUCAGAGCACGCCAUGCUCUUCUAUGGGUAAACAGGUUGCUGACGAUGAAGCUUCUGAUGGAAGCGACCAGACUUGUGUUUCAAGUGAUCGGCCUUCAAAGAGACAGAGAGAUUUAGGAGGCGGCGGCUCUGUUCUGGAGCAAGCAGUAGAUUAUGUCCUGACAGAUGUAGGGUCUGAGGCCUUAAAGGAGAAAAUAGGCACACAAGAAGCGGGAUGGAUUUCCGCUCUUAAAAAGUCAAAAGGAAAUGUAGCAGAGAGAUGUAAGGACGAUGUGGGUAUUGGAAUGGGUUGUGAUGUUUAUGAUGAGAAUAUGUGUUUGUCAACAAGACCUAUAUACCGCAAAAGGCCUGAUCCGGAUUUUUAUGACUUUGAGGAUGACAGAAAGGUGGAGUCGUUUGCAGUAGGACAGAUUUGGGCUGCCUAUGAUGCAGAAAACAUGCCUCGUCGUUAUGCUCAGAUCAUGAAAAUCAUAUCUCAACAAUCCAAGGUAUAUGUCACCUGGUUGAAACCUGAGCCUAAAUCCAGGGAUGAGAAGAGGUGGUUUGAUGCGGGCUUGCCUAUUUCUUGUGGUUCUUUUAUGAUGAAGCGGAACAAAGUGGCACUGAGCGGGACCACAAUGUUCUCCCAUACGUUUCCCUUAGCUCAAUGUGCUAAGGAUGAGCGAUUAGAAAUUUACCCCAAAAAAGGAGAUGUGUGGGCAAUAUACAGAGACUGUGACAUGGAAUGGUGCUCCAAUCUGGUGGCAAGGGAGGGUUGUGAGUAUGAGAUGGUUGAAAUUCUCACAGGUUAUUCAAAGGGUGAGGGUCUGAGGGUUGCCUACUUGACGAAGGUCGAGGGAUUUAGAAGCAUUUUUCAAAGGUACAUGAACAAAGGGAGCGAGCUGUCUUUCCAGAUUCCUGCCACAAAACUGUUUGUGUUUUCUCACAAUGUCCCCGCUUUCAGAUUCAGGGGCAUGGAGAUGGAUGGAGUUGCAGACGGUAUGCUGGAGUUGGACCCGCUAGCCGUUCCAAACCAUUUGGUCCAAGAUUUUUCAUAUGCAACCUCGUCAUCCAUGAAUUUGGCCAAACAGUCCAUGGAAGGUAACUGUAGUGACCAAACGAGCAUUACCCACCAUCCUCAUCCACAUAGAUCGAACUCUGACACCCAAUGCUAUAAGCGCCAAUGGGCCGCAAAGGAUUUUCUUGAAGAUCAGGUGUGGGCCAUAUAUGAUGGUCCAGAUGACAUGCCACGGCAGUACAUCAAAGUAAAUUCUGUGAUAUCAGCGAGUAAAGUAUCCGUGACAUUCUUGGAGCCUCAUCCCAUGCACGAUGAUGAGAUCCAGUGGGUCGAAGAGGAUCUGCCAUCCGUUUGUGGGAUAUUUAGAUUAGGUAGGCUUAUCACCAACUUGGAAAUGGAAAAGUUCUCACACCUUGUUAAAUGCGAACGGAGCAUGAAGAGGUCUUUCUACAAAAUCUACCCGAGGAAAGGUGAGAUUUGGGCAAUGUAUAAGAACUGGCACAGCAAGUGGAGUCUCUCAGACCUUAAUGGUUAUCAAUGUCAGGUUGUUGAGAUACUUUCCGACUUCGAUGAGGAAGUGGGCAUGUGUAUAUCUCUGUUGGUUCAGGUGACGGAUUGUAUGACGUUUUUCCAGAGGAAAUUGUACGAGGGAUUUGAAUUGACACGGACACUUUCGAGAAGAGAUAUUCUUAGUUUUUCUCAUCGGAUUCCCGCUUACAUGGUGCUUGGAAUUGAAAGCCAUGGUAUCCCGAAAAGCUCAUGGCACCUUGAACCUGAUGCAUUACCUCCAAGUUUAAGCAGUUAGAUUUCAUCGGAGCUACUCAUCAGAAAGGUACUCCGGGGAGCUUGGGCAGGUAUGUAAUUUUGCAAGCAUUUUGGUGUCCGUCUUCUAUAUGUAGUCUGAGUAACUUUAGCUGUGAUUUUAAACUGCUGGUUUUGGAAUGUAAUUGGGUUUUAAUCCCUGUAAUUAUGAUGCUUUGUGUUUCUUCCAUGUGUUGAUUAAGGCUAUUUUCUUCAGUGC